AUGGUCGCCCGAACAUCCGUCCUCAAUUCGCUCAAGAAGGGCUUGCUGCCACAGAUUCACCACCCGCUUCCUCUAAACCGCCGAGAAUCUCAGCAAUUGCUGAAACAGAUUACAACCUCAUUCCGGAAGAACCUAGAUAAGGAGCACCCAUGGCAGCCUUCAGAAACACCGUCUCCAUCUCGGCACGACCACCCCACCGGCAACACUAAGGAUACAACUCAGAAACAUCACCCGACCGACCUACAUUUGGAGUCGAUUCUGUCGAAUCCUCUCUUCUCCCACCCACGCCACGACCCUGUUGCGCUGAACCGCGCUGCGCCGCGACACAAUCCCACAGAUGUCUUCGAUCAUGCAGUAUCUCGGGGCAUGAUGACCCCCCGGCGUGCGGCUGGCUUCUUGGCGGCUGUGAAACUUGACAUCGAAAAAUCCUCUACGCUGGACAUCGAGCAAGGCAUGGCCGCGUCAGGCGCGGGGCUUCGUGUAGUGAAAUGGCUUCGCGCAUCCGGGCUGGAGAAUCGUGUUGACUUUCUAUCCGUGCCUUACUCGGGCCUCAUGAGAGUGCUGGUUCCAUUUCUGCAGGCUGAAGGGCUUCAAGAGAUCGUUUGGACGUGGAUUUCAAGGCUUGGAGUCCGACUUGCCACUACCCAAGUAGACGAACAAGCACAACUUUUGAUGGCGCAGCUGCUCGCAAGGACGGUGAUAGGCAGCAGCAUGACAGGGGAAGGCUUGCCCCUUGACACUGCCUACUCUUCCAUUAUUCGGGCGAAUCAGACUCUGCCGAUGGAAAAUCUAGCCGUCGCAAAUCACGUGAAAACGAAUUGGCUUCGCCUCUCGUGGAAAUCAACCGUAGAGGCUUGGAAACAUCCUAAACCAUCGGCACCUCUGUUUGACCUGUUUGUUGAUAUGGGACGACCAUUUCGCCAACAACUUGAUCUUGCUCAUUUAGAGCUACUCCACCCCUCAAAUCCGGACCACUCAUCAGCGGUCAACUAUCUUCACGAUAAUGGCAGGAUCGCAAGAGCAGUUGAAAAGGCGAAAGCAAAUUCGUCUAGCAAAUAUCCUACAAGGAUGAUAGUCCUGGGCACAGAUACUGUCAGUAGAUUGAAGGAAGUCGGGCAAAAUGAUGAAGCGUCGUGGGUGAAGGAGUUUAUUUCGAAAACCUUCUUCGCUUGGAACAGCAACACAAAGCUGGAUCCAUCAGAACUACUGGACCUGAGAACCAAAACUGGGUUGCCUGCAUGA